AUGACAUCAUCCCCAGUCGACGUUCAGGUCCUCAUCGUCGGGGCCGGAAUCGGCGGUCUCACGCUGGCAGCCAUCCUCUCGCGGCUCGAAGUCUCCUGCAAGGUCCUCGAGCGCAGCGACAUGCUGCGCCCCGUCGGCGCGGGUAUCUCGCUCUCGCCCAACGGCCUCCGCAUGCUCGACCAGCUCGGCGUGUACGACAAGGUGCUGGACGCGGGUCAGAAGCUGCGCAAGGUGCAAAUCUGGCGCGGCAGGAAGCUCUGGAACACGGUGGACUGGGCGGGCUGCGAGGCGAAAUUCGGGUACCCCGUCGUGUCCCUGGAGCGUCAUCAUUUCCAUAGACUUCUCUUUGAUGCUGCGGGAGGCGACGCUGUCGUGCAGUUCGGCACAAAGAUUGUCAAUGUCAUUGACGACCCGAGCGACUCUUUUGUCAGAGUGGUCUCUGACGAUGGUAACGAGUUCCGGGCUCACGUCGUCGUCGGUGCCGACGGGAUACGAUCUGUCAUCCGCAGAUGCCUCGCGCGAGAUGCUGGUCUCAGGGAAGCCAACACCAUCAAGUUCACAGGCCGUGUUCACAUGAGCGGCAUCACCGCGCCGCUGGAGCACCUCGGUCCUCAGGACCUCGGUGUCGCCAACUGGAUGCUCUACGAAAACUCGACUCUCACCACUUGGCCAUGCCCCGAUAACCGGCAAUGGUUCAUCGGUGUAAAGAAAACUGACGACAAGGUCGACAAUGACCGGUCUGUCUGGAGUAGCUGUGAUGAGGAUACCAUCAAAUCAGUUUACGGAGACAAGUUCCACCCGUUCGCGGAGAAAGGAGAGUUUGGCGAUAUUAUCGACAAGAACGAGCGGAUCCUUGCCUGCAAUAUGUUCCAAGAGGUCGAAUUCCCUUCCAUGGCCCGAGGCAGAGUCUGUCUCAUCGGCGACUCCGCGCACAGCAUGACCAGUGCCUUCGGCCAGGGGGGGAACCUAGCAAUCGAAGAUGCGGCGGUCCUUGCUAGCCUGAUACAGGAGAACCGAGGUUCGUUGGAGGACAACGCCGAGCCUAUGCUCCAAAAGUACAGCCAGAUGCGGGAGAAGAGGGCAAAAGAGGUGGUCAAAUUCAGUUUCCGCUUCAUCCUGCUGCACGGAGCGUUUUUGCCCUAUGGCGUUGGACCGUUGCUCCGGUGGUUGAUCUAUGCUUUCCUGCCCGGCGGCGCCUGGCUGUGGUUUCUCGAAUUCCUGUAUGGGUUCCAACCCACCGUAGUGCAGUUAGACUCUGCAUCGACGAAGAAUUGA